CGAUGAGCCAGGAAAACUGUUAAGAUCAAGAGGGUGGGGGGAAGCCCCCCACAUACUUCUGUGUGCAAGCCCCAGCAACCAGAAUAUGAAUCCUGGGGCGCAGAUGGAUUUAACAGCAUAGUCUUAAAGGCAAGGCCACUUCUGGCACAGUUGUACACCCCGAUGAUCCUUUUUACAUCUAAACCAGCAAGAACUUCUUUCAGGGAGGCUGGGGCAGCAUUUGUUUCAAUUCAGCCUCCCGCUCACACUUUUGAUUUUCCAGAGGGUGCUGUGCCACCAAACUGUGGCACCAGCCAGGGCCUGACUUGUUUCCUUGGCUUUCUUCUGGCAGCUCCCUGGGAAACCCCAAGUUCUGGGCCAGAGGAGGAGAGGGCUGAGACAACACCUGGUGAUGUCAAUGAACAAACAUGAGCCAGCAGUGUGCCCAGGUGGCCAAGAAGGCCGACGGCAUCCUGGCUGUGUCAGCAAUAGUGUGGCCAGCAGGAUUCUCUACCUGGCAUUGGUGAGGCCGUGAGGCUUGGGCCCCUCAGUUCAGGGAGGACAUUGAGAUGCUGGAGCGUGUCCAGAGAAGAGCAGCAAAGCUGGUGAAGGGUCUGGAGUACAUGUCCAUGAGGAGCUGCUGAGGGAGCUGGGGCUGUUUAGCUUCGAGGAGGCUCAGAUGAGACCUCAUUGCUCUCUACAACCACCAGGAAGGAGGGGGCAGCCAGGCGGGGGUCAACCUUUUCUCCCAGGCAACAAGUGACAGGACAAAAAGAAGUGGCCUCAGAUUGCUCCAGAGAAGGCUUAGGUUGGACAUUGGGAAGAGUUUCUUCACAGAAAGGGUGAUUAGACAUUGGAAUGGACUGCUCAGGGAGGUGGUAGCCACCCUCGCUGGAGGUGAUAAGGAAAGACUCGACGUUUCACUUAGUGUCGUGGUGUAGUUGACCACGACUGAACGGUGGUGUUCGGUCAAAGGCUGGACUCGAUGAUCUCAGGGGUCUUUUCCAACCCAGCUCAUCCCGUGACCCUGUCACAGCGUCAUCCCCGCCAGCCGAACGCCCCGGCGCCCGCCCGAGCCACGGCCUCAGACCCUCACGCCCCCUUCACUCGCGAGAGCAGCGCUGAAGCCUCGCGAGAGCGGCCACGGCCCCGCCUUCCCGGGCGGGGAAGGUGCUCGCUGCGGUUUUUCCUUUUUUCCCGCCGCUGGCGCGCGGAGCCGCCGGGAGCCAACCAGGUAACGGCGCGCGCUCUCCUCAUCCUCCGCCGGGGAGCGAGCGCGAGCGCGCCGCCCCCCCUCCGCUCCGCCCCGGGGACGGGCCCGCCACGGCCCCUCCGGCCCCGCGACCCCGCCGGGCGCUCCUGAGGCGCUGCCCCGGCUGCCCGAGGGAGCCCCGUUCUCUCCGGCUGGGAGGCUCCCGCCGCUCGGGAGAAGCGGCGUGUGCGACAUGCCAUACCGCUCCUCUGGCGUCCCGGCUGCGGGGUGUGACCUGAGCCUGGCGGGAAGCUCCCAAGUGUUGGUCAUGGCAGGAUUUCCCAGAGCAUCCCGGCGUGUCUAUCGAAUGUACACCCCUCUUCAGAAACAGUUUCAUAACUAUGUAAUUUGAAAUACAAAGUUUGAGAGUGAGCCAGUUCUGCAAGUCAAAGAAGCUAGGAGCAGGAAAAAGCAAGAUGAAUGCAUCUGGAGGAAGCUGUGGCAGCCCUAGUUCUGCAGAACCUGCAGGAGAUUUCUUCAAAGAACUGUGGUCCAAACUGAAGGAAUGUCAUGAUAAAGAAGUACAAGGCUUACAGCUGAAAAUAUCUAAGUUGAAAAAGGAAAGAUGCUUGGAUGCAGAGAGGCUUGAAGAGUUCUAUACCAAAAACCAACAGCUCAGAGAACAGCAAAAAGCACUUCAUGACACUAUCAAGGUUUUAGAAGACAGAUUGAGAGCGGGGUUAUGUGAUCGCUGUGCUGUAACCGAAGAACAUAUGAGAAAGAAGCAGCAAGAGUUUGAAAAUAUCCGGCAGCAGAAUCUCAAACUUAUAACUGAGCUUAUGAAUGAAAAAAACAGCUUACAGGAUGAGAAUAAAAAGUUAACUGAGCAGUUCCAGCAAUUACAGAAGGAGCUAGAGAUGCAAAAGCAGCAAGCAGUGGAGGCAGAAGAAAUUAUUCCAGAUUCUCCAGUUCUAACAUCUUCAUUUUCUGUCGUUAAUCGUAUGAGAAGAAAAAAAGAGAAUAGACAUGUCCGAUAUGCAGAACAUAGAACCCCAGAUUUGGAACUUAGGGAAAGCAACAGUGAGUUUGGAAAAAUUCCACUCUUUUCCACACAAGUGAGCACUCACCAUGGAGGAGAGAUACUAGUGACAGACACCUGUGAUCCACAACUGUCCCCUGUUCCAAAUAAACCAAGAGUGGGAGGAUACCCUGUUCCAAAGCCAUCUUUUAACUUGGCUGCAGUCGUUGCAGAAACAAUUGGACUUAGUGUUGAAGAGGAAUCUGAGUCCCAGAGUGUACUGAAUCUUCCCCUCACUAAUACAGUUAUGAGCCAGGCCUCAGAGAGCAUGCAGUCUCAAGACUCAAGAAAACAUCCAGCUUCUGAAUCAAGAAAUGAUGACAACAAUUUAGGUAUUUCAGAUCCAUCUCAUAACACUCCACCAAACGAUGACUGGGAUUCUCGGGUAGCUUCUCCUGUUUUUGGAGCUUCUAGCAGCAUGAAGAACAACUCAAGUACAGUUCAUGCUCCUUGUAUUUUAGAUUCGGAAUUGAAGCCUCAUCUCAAAACCAACCUCUUCAACAAUCCAUCCAGUUCCAGAUCUCAUAAAAGUAGAUCAAAAUCUGAAGAUGUUGCUUUUGUUGCACCUCUGAAUCUUGGGACAGAAAUCAACUCGGUUAUCAGCCAGGCCUCUGUCCAUAGGCAAAUGGUUGUGAAAAAGAAUUCUAAUGAGGCUGUGACCUGUGUUGGAAACACCUGCACAGCUAAAAAUGAGGUGAUCAAGAGCGAUGUCCUCCUUGUAUACCAGAAGCAGCUAGAAGGCAGGUGUGGUAAGAGAAAGAAAGCUGAAGAUGAUCAUGAAGUUAGCUGUGAGAAAACAUCAUUCAGCAAAGAGAGCUCUGUGCCCUUUCGGUCUGAUGUUCAGCAGGUUAAUGGGGAACAUCCAGGGGAUAAGCCCUUGGAUCUGUCUGAUCGCUUCUCUGGAGUUCGUGGGCAAGAGAAAAAACAAGGAAGUGAGGAGACAUAUAAAAACAGACUGAAGCAAGUUACUCUGCAUGACAUUUUUUCACACAUAGGGAAGACCAUUCCUGAAGGUUCAUCAUCUGUUCCAAAUGCCAACAAUAAGAGCUGUUUGUUUGGCAGAGAUUUACAAGAGGAAUCCUGUGUACAAGAGGCAGUGCUGGGAAGAACAUUCCCUGACAGGAAAAACCAGAUCCCAACGAAAGAAGAAGUUCCUCCCUUCAAAUUUGCACCACUGCCGAGUUCUGCAGAGACAGAAGAACUUUUUGAUGAUGUAAAGGUUGCCAGUGGCCACGUACCAAAUAGAAAGAAAACAAGGACAGGACAUGGAGAGUCUGAACCAGCAUCUGUACUUCAGCCAAACCCUUGUAGACUAUCAAAAAGUAAAGCACAGCAAAAUGAGCAAGACCUGAAAGAUAAACCUUCUUUAGAAAACUUCCAGUGGAGCAUAGACCCAGGAGCUGACCUUUCCCAGUACAAAAUGGACAUUACUGUGAUUGAUACAAAGGGUGGUUCUCAGACCAGAGUUGGAGGGGAAGUUGUUGAUAUGGAUUAUACUUAUGUUAGUGACAGUGUGCUAUUAGAAAUGAAAAAUCAACAGCAAAAUCAGGAAAGCAGUCCACGAGGAGAAAUAACAGAUAUGUUUGAUCGAACGAGCCAUGAAGAAUAUCUAUCCUGCCUACCAGAAGAUAGUCCUCCUGCAUGUGAUGAAAGAGAAACUCUUCAUGAUGAAGAGCAGGAUAAGGGAAUAACAGCAGCAAGCAAGAAACUAAAGAAACAUGAGGAUAAACAAGAUAAAGCCAAGCAGAAAGCUUUCGUGGAGCCUUAUUUCAAAAGUGAUGAGAGAAAGAAUACUGUGUUAGAUUUUCCUCAUAUUGAGGUUAUUCGGAAAAAAGACGAAAGAAGAAAAUUACUUGGCCACACUUGUAAGGAAUGUGAAAUAUAUUAUGCAGACAUUCCAGAAGAAGAGAGAGAGAAGAAACUCGCUUCCUGUUCAAGACAUAGAUUUCGCUACAUUCCUCCAAAUACUCCUGAAAAUUUCUGGGAGGUUGGAUUUCCUUCCACCCAAACCUGUGUGGAGAGAGGCUACAUUAAAGAGGACCUUGCUCCCUGUCAACGUCCAAAAAGGCGGCAGCCUUAUGCUGUGAUGUUUUCUCCAAAAGGCAAAGAGCAGAAGACAUAAAGGAUGGGGAAGUGAGGAGUGCCAGCCUGAACUGGAUCUCUCCUGUCCGUAGAUAUUUAUAGUUAAUAUAAACUUGAAAUAAAGAACUGUGUUUUCCACAAUGAUAGAUACAUUGUUUAAUUGAAUGUGUAAAUUUUAUAAAAUUCGUUUGCAAGUCUGAUGUACCAGAAACAAAACUAUUUAAUGUACGUUUGUUUCAUAUUGUGUUAAUACAUUUUGUAUUCGUUUUUGCACCUGUCAGAAGUCUCCUACUUUAUUUUCUUUAAGGCCAGCAGCUGAAAUUCCAGCAAUUCCUGUCUGAACUUUGUGUCAGUGAGUAACUGCUUUGAAGUCACUGAAAUCAGUUGUUUUUGCAAGAGUAAAUGUCUGUCAAUGGGAACAGAAAUGACAAUUUUCUAGGGUGCUUUUAUUUUGCUCUGGAUUUUCUUGUAUUUCUUUUCUCUUGUUGCAAUACUGGUUGUAUCUAUUUGGAAUAAAGCUGCAUUAAAUAUGAAAUCUAUCUGCUGUUCAUAGUUUGGGAGUGCA